AUGGCGGCCAGCCAAAGAAAAGCUAACCAACUGGUCCCCGAACCCAACCGCAAGAACUGGUCCCCGAACCCAACCGCAAGAACUGGUCCCGAACCCAACCGCAAGAACUGGUCCCGAACCCAACCGCAAGAACUGGUCCCCGAACCCAACCGCAAGAACUGGUCCCCGAACCCAACCGCAAGAACUGGUCCCCGAACCCAACCGCAAGAACUGGUCCCCGAACCCAACCGCAAGAACUGGUCCCCGAACCCAACCGCAAGAACUGGUCCCCGAACCCAACCGCAAGAACUGGUCCCCGAACCCAACCGCAAGAACUGGUCCCCGAACCCAACCGCAAGAACUGGUCCCCGAACCCAACCGCAAGAACUGGUCCCCGAACCCAACCGCAAGAACUGGUCCCCGAACCCAACCGCAAGAACUGGUCCCCGAACCCAACCGCAAGAACUGGUCCCCGAACCCAACCGCAAGAACUGGUCCCCGAACCCAACCGCAAGAACUGGUCCCCGAACCCAACCGCAAGAACUGGUCCCCGAACCCAACCGCAAGAACUGGUCCCCGAACCCAACCGCAAGAACUGGUCCCCGAACCCAACCGCAAGAACUGGUCCCCGAACCCAACCGCAAGAACUGGUCCCCGAACCCAACCGCAAGAACUGGUCUCUGA